AUGAGUUUAUCGCGACGUGACUAUUCAGCGAGGUUCCAAGGUUCGUUAGGUCUGUCUGGUUCGUCAGGAGAUGCUGGCUCUAAGGGUGAAACGGGUGUCAGGGGAGCCCACGGGGCCCGCGGCAAGAGAGGAUCUAACGGAAAACCAGGAAACGACGGCCUGCCCGGGUCACGUGGAACCAAAGGAGACAGCGGAGAGAAGGGAAUGGCUGGUGAGGUCGGUCUUCCAGGAAUGCCGGGAGGCAACGGUGAUGCGGGCCCUCAAGGUGAUAGAGGAAUUCAGGGCGGUAUUGGAUUUGAAGGACCGGAGGGAAAUUCUGGGCCUGUUGGAAGCCGAGGACCGCUGGGCAAUUCGGGAAUUAAGGGAUCAUUAGGAGAACAAGGAUUUGCCGGACCUGCCGGUGAAGGAGGACUUCAGGGUGUUCCAGGAAAUCUUGGCAUAAAAGGCCUGCGAGGUGAUCGGGGACCAUUGGGCGGCACUGGAGCACCAGGCGAUAUGGGGCCUCAAGGACUAAUCGGAGAUUCGGGAGAAUUGGGUGGCGCUGGGAGACCGGGGCCAGAUGGAAAGCCUGGAGAAUCGGGAUCACGUGGUGACCGGGGAUUGCCGGGAAGUAGAGGAGAAGAUGGAAGACCAGGUUAUCCUGGACCAAACGGUGUUCCUGGUAGCACGGGAGAUAGUGGUCUGCAGGGUCAGCGGGGUAACGCGGGACCUCCUGGGUCAACUGGACAAAGUGGACAACUGGGUCUUCCUGGAUUGAUGGGCAGUAGGGGUAUCAUCGGGGAACAAGGCUCCAAGGGUUAUAUAGGAGCACCCGGAGCUAGCGGUAAAGAUGGAGAAACUGGGAAAGAGGGUGUGGUUGGUUUGCCUGGACAAGCGGGUUCUCCUGGUGACAGAGGAAACGAAGUAAAUAUCUGAAAAAUAUUUGUAUUAAUACACGUACCCUGUUACUUGGCGUUAGGCUUUAAGGGAUAACAACAUUGUAACUGAUUUGAUUUUGACAAAGUACAUUGCAUUUUAGCGUGAAAAAUAUUUUAAGCUUUAAUGGGAUUCAAACCCAAGGUCUAUACAAUACCAGUGGGUUGCUCUACCAGUUUGUAGGCUCUAAUGUCAACGCAGUCAGUCAGUCAGUCAGUCAGUCAGUCGGUCAGUCAGUCAGUCAGUCAGUCAGUCAAUCAAUCAAUCAUAAGGUUGGAAUCCCCUUUUACCUUUUAAUCCUUUUUCAGGCCAAAAUAGCCAUUGCUAAAUGCUUACAUACUGUUAAGAUCAUUUUAUUCAUUUCGUGUUUCAACCGCAGUUCACAUAUACAUCUUUCACAUAUCCACGACAUGAUAUAAGCUAUGAUUCAAGUGAAUUUAUCUUCAUGUAAGCAGUGGUGUUAA